AUGGUGGCCAAAAUGUGUGGGACGGUGGCCAGAAUGUGUGGGAUGACGGCCAGGGACACGGAGAUGGUCGGGGGCACAGGGAGUCUCAAAAUCCCUGGAAUUGCAGCCAGGAUUGAUGGAAUUACAGUCAGGGAUGUGGAGGUGAUCCUGGACAUCAGGAACACGGUGGGGAACAUUCCCAUGGAAUGGUACCAGGAUUUUCCACACGUGGGCUACGACCUGGACGGGAGGAGGAUCUACAAACCCCUGAGGAGCAAGGACGAGCUGGACCUGUUCCUGGAGAAGAUGGAAAACCCGGAAUACUGGCGUACGGUGCAGGACAGACAGACGGGAGCCGAUGUCCGUCUGUCCGAGGAGCAGCUGGAGCUGGUGCAGCGCCUGCAGCGGGGACAGUUCGGGGACGUCAACUUCGACCCCUACGAGCCGUCCGUGGAUUUCUUCAGCCACGAGGUGCGGAUCCACCCCGUGACCAACCGGCCGGCCGACAAACGCAGCUUCAUCCCCUCCCUGGUGGAGAAGGAAAAGGUCUCCAAGCUGGUCCACGCCAUCAAGAUGGGCUGGAUCCAGCCCCGCAAGCCCAAGGAGAACGUUCCCACUUUUUACGACCUGUGGGCACGGGAGGAUCCCAACUCCAUCCUGGGAAGGCACAAGAUGCACGUCCCCGCUCCCAAAAUCCCGCUGCCGGGCCACGAGGAAUCCUACAACCCCCCCCCGGAAUUCCUGCUCAGCCCCGAGGAGAUUUACCGCGGCCACUCGGGCCUGGUGCGGACCCUGAGCGUCUCCCCCAGCGGGCAGUGGUUGGUGUCAGAUUCCCGUUCCCAGCCGGUGACGCAGGUGACGUGGCACGGCAAGGGCGAUUACUGGGCCUCGGUGGUUCGGAACCCCGGCAGCCGCCAGGUUCUGAUCCACCAGAGCAGCCGGCGCUGGAGCCAGGAUCCCUUCCGGAAGAGCCCGGGCAUGAUCCAGUGCGUGCAGUUCCACCCCAUCCGGCCUCACUUCCUGGUGGCCUCGCAGCGCUCGGUGCGCGUCUACAACCUCCUGCGGCAGGAGCUCACCAAGAAACUGCAGAGCAACUGCCAGUGGAUCUCCAGCAUGGCCGUGCACCCCGCCGGUGAGCCAGCGCACCAUCGCCGUGCCCUGCGCUCCGUGGCGUUCCAUCGCCGGUAUCCGCUCUUUGCCUCGGGCUCUGACGACGGCACCGUCAUCGUCUGCCAUGGGAUGGUGUACAGUGACCUGCUGCAGAACCCUCUGCUGGUGCCGCUGAAGGUGCUCAAGGGCCACGCGCCCGCGCUCGACCUGGGCGUGCUCGACGUCGCCUUCCACCCCCACCAGCCCUGGCUCUUCUCCUCGGGCGCCGACGGCACCGUGCGCCUCUACACCUGAGCCGGGGUCCACAGGGGUCCACCGG